AUGAGUGAAGGGGACGACAGUGAAAAUGAGUCUAAGGAGCGGCUGCAUUCUCUUUCUGCACUGGAAGAAGAACCUCCAGUAGGAGGAGCGUGCUCAGCAGUGGGCACUUACAGCUCACUCCUGUACUGGAUAAACAAGCGAUGCCAAUAUGGCAUGAGUGCAGCUAUCAACACAGGCCCUCCCUGGGCUGUUACCAGCGCCCGCCUGCUCCUUGAUCACGAGCCACUCAGAGCUUUCAGCCCCAAGGCAGAGGCAUCUGAUCCCCUCCAACCUGCUCUGGUGGUUCCACAGCAGCCUCUUUCUAACUGGAUGCCACAGCACAGGACCAGAUCUCCAUUCCCAAUUAUGUUUCAGGAGAUACCUUUUGCCCCACCCCUUCACAAUCAACCUCCAAUGCUGAACCACUCUGCCUGCUACUCAUUUGCCAUAUGUAUCAAAAGUAAUGUCCACUUCUAUUCCCUUCCCACACUGACCCAUGGAGUGAACUGUUUCAAUGCAAAGCCUUUUGCUUCAGAGCUAUAG